AUGCCUCUGUCCAAUGGCAGUAUGCGAAUCCAACGGUUGAUUGUAUUACUUGCCAUUGGGGUGCUCGCCAUCUUCUCUCUUUUACUCCUGCGCUCCCCAAGUUCGCCGCAAAAGCCUAUAAACCUGCCUCCUCCCGAACCGAUCCAACACCCUCAACUCCAUGCGGGGCAGAAUACCUACCUCCCCGAGAAGGAACAUCCGAUUUCGCGUUUGAUUGGCAAUGCCCGGCAGACCUUUGACCAUGCGCAAUCACAGCAGUCCAAGACUCUGGCUCAGGCCGUCGAGGAGUACAAGCGUCGGUACAACAUGCACCCGCCGCCACACUUCGACAAGUGGUUCGAAUUCGCCCAGUCGAAAAACGUACAGCUCGUCGACGAAUUCGAUUCCAUCUACCAUUCCCUGCUUCCUUUCUGGGGGUUGAAACCGAAAACGAUCCGGGAGAGGGCGCGCGAGACACUUGGGUUUGACAAUGCGGUCCUGGGUGUUUUGAUUCGUGACGGCAAGGUGUCCUUAACGGACGGAGGAGGCGAUGAUCGGAAGUGGCAACGGGAUGCCACUGCUGGAAUGAUGGGGGCAUUUGUGAAAUACCUACCGGACAUGGAUUUGGUUUUCAAUACUCACGAUGAGCCUCGUGUGAUUCUGCCAAGCGCGGACUUGGAGCGCUUGGUGCAGACAGCCAAGGAUCAAAUCCUUCCUGCUGCGUUCAAGAAAACCCCUACUAAUGCGUGGUCUGCUCGAGCAUCGGAUAUUAACAAAGGCGACCGCAUUGACGAGGUGCGCACCACGCGCUUUAAUAGAUUUGCGCACCAGCCGACUUGGACAAACUCCCGAAUUUCCUGCCCCGUCAACAGCCCUGCGCGCUCGCUCGACGAUGAUGCCCCGGACAACGUUGAUCCCUACGCUUACGGCGAGCUCGGUUUUAUUUACAACACCACUGCAGCCUCCGACAUCUGCAAUACCCCUUCGCUUCGUUAUACAUAUGGAUUCUUCGACCGACCCAAUGCAUUCGACGUUGUCCACGACCUGUUCCCUAUAUUUUCGCAAAGCAAGAUCUCCAGCUUCCAGGACAUCAUAUACCCAAGUCCCUGGUACUGGGCUGAUAAGGUGCCGUAUGAUAAAAAGAAGGACUACGAGUGGGAUGCAAAGACCAACCGAAUGUAUUGGCGCGGGUCGACAACUGGUGGAUUCUCACGCGCCGGUGGCUGGCGCAGACAGCACCGGCAGCAGUUUGUCGACAACGUCAAUGCUCUGGGCACCAGCAAGAUCCUCAGCCACCAGGAAAGUUCCUGGGUGUCGCAAGAUGUCAUGCGAGCCAACUAUAAGGACAUGUUCGAUGUCAAGUUCACACUGAUUGGUCAGUGUGAUCCAGACGAUUGCAAUGCGCAAACCGAAUACUUUGGAGUAUUCAAGCAGACUGGGCAGCAGGAUGCGUGGGCACAUAAGUACCUGGUCGAUAUCGACGGUAAUGCCUUCAGUGGCCGGUUCCACGCUUUCCUGCACAGUAACAGCUUCGUUUACAAGAUUGCCAUCUUCCGCGAGUGGCAUGACGAGUGGCUGAAGCCCUGGGUGCACUAUGUGCCCCUCAGUUUGAAGGGUAAUGAGUAUCUCGAGAGCAUGCGAUACUUCACUUCUACGGAUGGCUCGGACUCUGCUCGCCAAAUCGCCAGUCAGGGUCAGAGCUGGGCCCAGAAGACACUACGUAAUGAAGAUCUGGAGGUUUGGUUCUUCCGCUUGCUCCUGGAGUAUGUAUUUUCCCAUUCCCAUUCCCAUUCCCAUUCCAUUUCCAGUGGGCAUACUGACAGCUAUAGGUAUGGUCGAUUGGUCGACGAUAACCGGGACCAACUUGGAUUCAUUCUUUGA